UUUUACGUUGAUCUCAAAUCCUUCUCCCUCAGCCAUGUGUUCUGAUAAAAUCCGCUUUCCGUUGCGUUUCUGCGAUUAAUUUCCAGCAAUUUACACUGUGAAUUGGUUAUCUCUGUCGAGUUUCACAGGAGUUGGUGGAACCGGCUAGGGUUCAUGGAAGCUGCAAUUCGUGAGAUCAAUAUUUGAGGGUUUGAAUAUAUCAAUUAAACUUUGGUGUUAGUGUUCAGUUCGGUGUUCUGGAUUGUGGAGGUUUGUGAAAAAACGCGCCGGAGAUGGGGAGUGAGGAUCGUAUCGAUGAUCGGACGUUCAAGGUUGAUUUCAGUGGCGAGGGAAUGGAGAAGCUCAGAGAGAGGAUAAAGCUGAAGAUGAAGGAAUUCAUGGGCGAUUAUACCGAUGAUACUCUCGUGGAAUACGUGCUUGUCUUGUUGAGGAAUGGAAGGCGCAAAGAAGAAGCACAGAAUGAACUAAAUGUAUUUUUGGCAGAUGAUAGCCAUUCUUUUGUAUCUUGGCUGUGGGACCAUCUGGCUUCAAGUAUGAAUUUAUAUGUGGAACCACCUCCUAAAUCUUCUGCCGAUGAAGUGCCCAGAUCAAAGUCUCCAGUUGCAGAACCAGAUACAGGAAUUGGUUCUCACAAUCUUGAGUCUGAUUUAGAAAGAGGAAAGUCUGAAAAAUUAUCUAGCAGACGGCGUAAUAGGGAAUGGAAAGGAAUUGCUAAUGACGAAACCCGUGUUACUCCAAGAUCUGAAGUUAGUCGUGUCAAGCAUUCUUCUCCUGAACAAGUUCCUAGUCAUAGGAAAAGGUGCCGAGCUGAUGAUCAUCAAGGCGCUGAGAGAGAGGCAGCUUUUCAGGUAAGCAUUGCUGCCCCUAGGCGGCUGCUCCAGUUUGCCAUGCGAGAUGCUGUUGCUACCGUGAAGCCCUCUAAUGGAGCUAAGGAGCCCCUUUCAAAGCGUCUUCGUUCGGUAGUUUCUACGUCCAAUAGUGACACAAUUAGUCAUCCUAGGCGGCUUCAAUCCAUCGCAAAAGUGCCAAAUCCCAUGGCAACUGUUAUUAAGGCUGUGUCGGAGGCAGCUGAGGAUGUGAUAAGAGUUAAAUCCUCCAGUGUUUUUGAUCGACUUGGUCGUCAAUCUCGUGAUGUGGAUUUAAAAGAGUCCAGUGGUCAAGUUGCAGAAUAUGGAGUAACGGCUGUAGAGGACCAUAAAUAUGGGGAUAUGAAUCACACACAAGAUCGACCAUACUCUGCCACCUAUCUUGAGAGUAGCAAUUAUAGUGGGAAAUAUACUCCCAUUGAGGCCAUGUUCGAUGCUGAAACUGGAUUAGCAUCAGAUUCUACAUCUGAAAGUGAAGAUGUUACUAUUCUGGGCCACAAAGUAUUUGAUGAUUCUUGGACUGCAGAAUCAGGAGUAAGAAAGGGAGGCAAUUUGCGGACUGCACCAUUCAGAGUAGUUGAGAAUGUUGAUGAUGAACGCAUGACAAAAUACAAACAGAAGCAUCAACCUUCCUUAGUUGCAAAUUCCUCACGUGACAUUGUAAAUAUCUCUGUGAAUGUUAAUACUUGGAAACCGCCUCACUAUCAAGACCCAGGGCAAAUUGCUGAAUCUGGUGGUCAAAAGUUUUUGCAGGAGAGUGAGUUACGAGGUACCAGAUCUGCUGUGCAAGUAACGGAGAAUGGCGAGCCAGUCACUAUUGUUAACCAACAGAAAAAGCCUGCAGCACACCUUCAAAAAGAGUUCCAGAAACCAUCUGCUAAUGGCCUUGCUGCCACUCGCCCUUUAGAGGAUGCCGAUGCUCGAACCAUUUUUGUUAGCAAUGUUCACUUUGCUGCUACAAAGGAUAGUCUGUCUAGGCAUUUUAACAAGUUUGGAGAAGUGGUAAAAGUCAUUAUAGUAACCGAUGCAACCACCGGGCAACCCAAAGGGUCGGCUUAUGUGGAGUUCAUGAGAAAGGAAGCCGCAGAGAAUGCAUUGUCUCUUGAUGGGACGUCGUUUUUGUCUAGGAUUCUUAAGGUCGCAAGGAAAAAUGCAUCACAACCAGAAGGUGCUUCAAUUGUUACCUGGCCUCGUGCUGUGCGUGGCUCACCAUAUCCUACUCCUAGAUUUAGCAGAGUUCCUUUCCCACGGGGCGUUCCCGGUGGAUUUAGGCCUCGUCCUCCCAUCAAACUUGGUGCCAGGAGCAUGCAGUGGAAACGGGAUAGUCAGACCACAACUACUACUGAUAAUGGUGCUUCUCUCUAUGGUAUUUCUGUACCCUCAACUGGUGCUCGUAGUCUCACCUACGUUCGAACAGAGCCUAAGCCAGCAGACAAGUAGGAAACACUUGAUUGAGAUGAGAGUUAUUUUCUCCUCAAGAAAUUGUUCAAAAUUAUUUUGCAAAAGAGAAUCACGAAGAUCAAGUAUGACCCCCACAAUUUUUUUUUUUUUUUUUUUUUUUUUUUUUUUUUUUUUUUUUUUUUUU